GAGUACACCAGCACCACUUCGUCCUAUCCUAGUGAUAAUCAUCGCCGUCGCCUCCUCUUAUUUCCAACAACUACUACUCGUGCUCUGAAAAUCAAAAGUGGGGGGAGCAACAAGGAACGGACCUGGAGCGGCACACAAGUAAUACGGACCGGGGUGACCCUUGGGGCGUGGAGAUUUUUGGCCGCUACCUGCAUCUCCACGUCGCCGUCCCAAUCAAGAUCAUUAUUUCUUCCUCCUCACUUGUCCCUGCCCAAAUCGCAGGGCUUCGUUCUUGCAAAUCGCCUCUGGCUUUGCCCCAAGAUUCGCCGCCCAGCGCCCUCGCUGGAAUCGUGGGUGCUGAGGUGAGGGGAGGGCUCGAGGCGGCCGUCGCUUGCCGCUUGUCUCGUGAAUCCCCCGCCGGUCUCUUGUUUUCUUGCGGCGAUUCGACCUGAUUUAGAGGAGGGAAUUGUUCGUAUCGGCCCCGUUCUGCUCGGUCGGGACCGACGCAGUUCUGAAGGAAAAGCUAGGUCUUUCUUGCCGUUAGCUUGAGAUCAUCCAGUUCCACUCGCCACAAUUGGGGGCCUCUCAACCUGUCUCCUAAUCAUCCUGGAAUGCGGUUCGCCGCAGCCCCGUAGAAGAUUGAGAAAUUUAAGAGGCAUCUGAUACGAUACGAGGUCUUCUCGCGCGCGCUGAAGGAAGGGUGCUGUGCCCUGAAGGCCUCAUCUUGGGUAUCCAUGGGAUUCCUCAGCCUUGUGGGCAACUCCUUUGGGUGCUCUGCUUCCGGUGAGCGGCUUGUCUCAGCUGCCCGCGACGGCGACCUGCAGGAGGCGCGAGCGCUCCUCGAGUACAACCCUCGCCUUGCCCGGUACUCCACAUUUGGCGGCCGGAACUCACCGCUGCACUAUGCCGCUGCGCAAGGCCACCAUGAGAUUGUCUCUCUAUUGCUUGAAUCCGGCGUUGAGAUCAACCUUAGGAAUUACAGAGGCCAGACUGCUUUGAUGCAAGCCUGUCAAUAUGGCUACUGGGAGGUUGUUCAAACACUGAUUCUCUUCAAUGCAAAUGUUCACAGGACAGAUUAUCUCAAUGGUGGAACCGCUGUCCAUUUUGCUGCACUGCAUGGUCAUGCCCGAUGCCUUCGUCUUGUUCUUGCAGAUUACGUGCCAAGCAUAUCAAAUUUCUUCACCCAGACAAAUCAUAGAUCAUCUGAAGAAGAUUCAGCUACUGAUUUUGAUCAUGAUGCUUUGGUCAAGAUGGUAAAUCAGAAGGCGGAUGGAGGCUUAACCCCACUUCAUAUGGCAGCGUUAAAUGGGCAUGUAGAGUGCGUGCAACUUUUACUGGACUUAGGAGCAUCUGUUUCUGAGGUUACUAUCGAGGAUGGAACGACUAUAGACUUAAUAGGAGCUGGUAGCGCCCCACUUCACUAUGCUGCCUGCGGUGGAAAUGCUGUCUGUUGUCAACUCCUUAUUGCUCGAGGAGCUUGCAUUACUGCACAAAAUGCUAGCGGAUGGACCCCAUUGAUGGUGGCUCGUUCCUGGCAAAGAAAUUCAAUUGAAGAAAUUUUAAGUAAAGAACCAGAGGGCCAGAUACGCACUCUUCCAUCUCCCUAUCUUUGUCUUCCACUCAUGAGUAUCAUGAACAUUGCAAGGGAGUGUGGAUGGAGAUACCUAAACCAGUCACCUGUUUGUAUUGACCCCUGCGCUGUCUGCUUAGAAGGGAGCUGUUCUGUUGCUACAGAAGGUUGCAAACAUGAAUUCUGCACAAGGUGUGCUCUAUACCUUUGUUCAACUAGCUACACAUCAGUGAGCCCAGCGGGCGCAAUACCAUGCCCUCUCUGUAGACAUCCAAUCAUCUCUUUCAUCACUCUUCCUGGCACGAGCCCUAUAAGAGAGCUGCCGAGAAACAGCCUUUCAUUGUCAUUUUGCACAACAUGCCCAGCAGUUAACUCCGAUUCUUCUGCUUCGAUUGCUGCCCAUCUGUACCGGACUGAAUUCCAUUGUGGGCGCAUGCCACCGAUGGGCUCGUCCUCCUUCCGCUCGAUGAGCUGCCAGAGGAUACCAGCGAUGAAACUGAACCCAGUAUUUUGUCUGGGCGGCAUGGACACAAACCCCUGCCUUAUAAGAUGCUCGAGGUUCGGAUCUAGCUUGCGGCGCUCGGCUUCCCAAGGAGAGACUACCAGAAGAGCCUGGCCUGUAACCUUUAACCCAAUUGUUGCUACUGGCAACUGAUAGAGUGGAUAGGCAUUUGCAUGCCCCCAGUUUUGUGCUCCUUUUGAGUUGAGGUCUGUUUUUGUGUAUUCUUUGGUUGGUUUGGUUGGUCUGAUGUUCGCGUCCCGUUGUGGUAUGAAUUCGCCGGUCCCAACUCCUUGUUGAUAUAUCAGGAGCAACAUGUAACUACAACCUUUCUGGUUUGUAAAUAACCUUGUGGUGUUGUAUAUUUCCCGGGAAGCAAUGAAAUGCAGAGGCAUCGAUUUUUCAAUGCACAA